GUGUAUUGGGGCGCGUACACUCCUGUCUGGGGGCUGGGACGAGUGGCAAUCGCAAAAUGUCGACUGAGAAAACAACUGCUUACAAACACGCAGUCACUACCUCUGUGGAUAUUUGAUGCAUUGACACGGUGUUUUGGAUACGUGGAAUAUAAGAUCGGCUGAUAUAUUCUCAACGGAGAUUUUAAAAGGUGGCCUUCGCGGUGCCUGCAAACACAUCUCCGGAGGUGAAAGGACCAGAUACACUCUGAAACGAGUGUCUACCCGUGCCAAGGCCGUCUCACGCAAAAUGAAAGCAUCUCAGCCCUAAAUUUAACACAUUCAUUAUUAUUUUUUUUUUGCACGACAAACCAUGACUUUCUCCCCUGAGUUGAUUACAUAAGGCAGCCAUCAGCGAUGAUUCACUUGUACGCACAUAGCAGUCCCACCUAAGUCGACGGUAGAUCGACGGACUGUUUCCUCGCGCUGACACCUCAAACAAGCAGCGCAAGCCUCAUCCUAGUCUAGUAUGAGUUAUGACAUCACUAAGUCAGCGGCCAGCAGCAACGCACGGGGGCGAGCGCCGAGGGCUGCCGACAAAGACAGCGGCCAGGAGGCCGACUCCAAACAGUUACACGCCGGCGCCGAUGUCUCCGCUCCGGAGCAGGGAAACAGGGCCGGGGGCGUGUCCUCCCCCAGCGAAGGCUCGGGAGCCGGCGAUCAGAGGGGGCCCAAUUCGGACGACAUGGACGGCGGCCUCUCCAGCGGCAACGACUCCGGCGAGAGGGACACGGGUUCCCGCGGGCGCCAGUCCACCCGCAGCUCGCACGGCUCGUCCAACGGCAAGGACUCGGGUAUGAUGCUGGAAACCACCGAGAGCCAAAAGAGCUCCAACUCGCAGAGCCUGUCGCCGCCGAGCGGCUCGCUGGCCUACAGCCUGCUGUCCACCAGCUCCGAACACGACCCGCCGUCCACAUCCGGUUGCAGCAGCAAUCAGUCGGCGAGGGUCCAGACCCAGAAGGAGCUCAUGAAGGCCAUUAAGGAGCUCAAGUUCCGCUUGCCAGCGGAGCGCAAGUCCAAGGGCCACUCCAGCACUCUCAACGCACUCAAGUACGCCCUGCAGUGUGUCAGACAAGUCCGAGCCAACAAGGAGUAUUACCACCAGUGGAACGUGGAAGAAUGUCACGAAUGUAGCCUGGACUUGUCCGCCUUCACCAUCGAGGAGCUGGACAACAUCACUUCGGAAUACACACUAAAGAACACGGACACGUUCUCGAUGGCGGUAUCCUUUCUGUCCGGGAAAGUGGUGUACGUGUCACCUCAGGGAUCGUCGGUGCUGCGCUGCAAGCCCGAGUGUCUCCAGGGCACCAUGUUUUCGGAGCUUCUGGCUCCGCAGGACAUCAGCACUUUCUACAGCGGCACGGCGCCUUGCCGACUGCCCUUAUGGGCGUCCUGCAUCGGAUCCGCCUCACCCGCCAUGGACUGCACUCAGGAGAAAUCCAUGUUCUGUCGAAUCCGCGCCGACCGCACGCAGGGCAGCGAGAUGCGCUAUUAUCCGUUUCGCCUGACGCCCUACCAGCUGACCAUCCGAGAUUCGGAUACCGCCGAACCGCAGCCGUGUUGCCUGCUCAUCGCGGAGAGGGUCCACUCCGGAUACGAGGCACCUCGGAUCCCUCCUGACAAGAGGAUCUUCACCACCAGUCACACUCCCAGCUGCCUCUUCCAGGAAGUCGACGAGAGGGCGGUGCCAUUGUUGGGAUAUCUGCCGCAGGACUUGGUGGGAACGCCGACUUUGCUUUACAUCCACCCCGAAGACAGGCCCACUCUGGUGGCCAUCCACGAGAAGAUCUUUCAGUUUGCCGGCCAGCCGUUUGAGUAUUCGCCGUUGAGGAUGUGCGCCCGCAGCGGGGAAUACUUAACCAUCGACACCAGCUGGUCUUCCUUCGUCAACCCUUGGAGCCGCAAGGUGGCCUUCAUCGUAGGGCGCCACAAAGUCCGAACGAGCCCGCUGAACGAGGACGUGUUCACGGUGCCGAGCUGCGAGGCCCGCGCCACCACGCCCGACGUGGUGCAGCUCAGCGAGCGGAUCCACCGUCUGCUGGUGCAGCCGGUGCACAGCGGCGGCUCGCAGGGUUACAGCUCGCUGGGCUCCAGCGGCUCGCGGGGCUCGCGCCGCUCGCACCCGCAGCAUCACGGCGCCUCGGCCGCCUCCUCCAGCGACAGCAACGGACCCGCCGCGGACGACGCCGCCGUCGCCUUACGCAAGCCCAUGACCUUCCAGCAGAUCUGCAAAGAUGUUCACAUGGUCAAGACGAACGGGCAGCAAGUUUUCAUCGAGUCUCGAAACAGGCCGCCGGCGAGAAAAAACACCGGCACAGUCGCCAGAAGCAGUCUGAGAGACAUCAACAGCGACCCCAUUCGCGGCCUCAUCGCUGACAUGACCAAGCCACUGAAAGAUUUGGUGCCCGCGCCGCUUGCACAGAAAGAUUCCCCACCCGGAUAUUCCUACCAACAGAUCAACUGCCUGGACAGCAUCAUAAGGUACCUGGAAAGCUGCAACAUUCCCAAUACGAUCAAAAGAAAGUGCGGCUCCUCCUCCUGCACUUCCGACGAAGACAAGCAGGAGGCCGGCGGCAACGCCAAAGGUGCGUCGGUCGGCUUGGUCGGCGAAGCCCCUCCGCUGCCCCCGCUGACGUUGGCCAUGAAGGCGGAGAGCGUGGCCUCCGUCACGUCCCAAUGUAGCUUCAGUAGCACCAUCGUGCACGUGGGAGACAAGAAGCCGCCCGAAUCAGACAUCGUGAUGGAGGAGGCUCCGAGCACUCCGACACACGCUCCCCCCACCCUCACUCCGACUGCGCUCUCCAUUCCUCCCCCUCCACCACCCCCGCCUCCUCCCGUCGCCCCCCUCCCUCAAGCGACGCCGCCAACUCAGCCGGAGAGGGACAGCCGGCACGGCGGGGGCGGCCGGCUGGGCCUGACGAAGGAGGUGCUGUCGGCGCACACGCAGCAGGAGGAGCAGGCCUUCCUGGACCGCUUCAAGGACCUCAGCAAGCUGCGCGUCUUCGACCAGACGGCGUCUUCGACCGUGCGCUGCCACACGCCCGCGGGCAACCCUCUGGCGCGAGGGGUGCGUUGCUCUCGUGACUACCCGGCCGCAGGGGGCGGCUCCGGUCACAGAUGCGGCCGUGGCGGGAAGCGGCUCAAGCACCAGGAGUCCUCUGACAGGCACGGCUCUCUGGGACUCACGGGGAUGCACCAAGACCCCAGAACCAGAGCGGCAGCCGGGCCCCUCGACGUGCCCCUGGGAGCCCCCACAAACUCCUCCUCCUGGCCGUCGGUUUGCUCUCAGCCCAGCCAUCCCUCGGCCCCGUUCGCACCCGGCGUGGUUCCAAUCUACCCGGUCUACCCGCCGCUCCCUCAGCCCUUGGCCGUGCCAGACGCGUCACGUUUCCCCCCGACCCAGAUGGUGCCCCCCAUGAUGGCCUUGGUUCUCCCCAACUACAUGUUCCCUCCGAUGGGGGCGCCCAUGCCCCAGCAAGUCACCACACCCAUGCCGUUUUUCGGUCAAAACUUGAAUUACCCCGGCGCCCCCCAACCCCCGGUCCCCGCGGCCGUUUGCAACCCCGCGUCCAUUCCUGCCACGGGUGCGGCAUCUCGAAGCAGCACGCCCCAGUCCUGCACUCAGACCCCCGCCGAUCGCGAGGGUGCGGAGUCCCCCCUGUUCCAGUCCCGAUGCUCCUCCCCCCUCAAUUUGUUGCAGCUGGAAGAGUCGCCCAGCAACCGGUUAGAGUCCGCCACCGUGCUGGCGGCCGCGCAGCAGGCUCCGCCCGCCGUGCAGGGCGGCCCGGCCGGCGUGCAGAGUUCAGACACUCAAAGGAACUCUGAUGAUAACACCAAGGAGAAUGAGAAUGGGGAAGCUAAUGAGUCCAACAACGACGCCAUGUCGACUUCCAGCGACCUGCUGGACCUGCUGCUGCAGGAAGACUCACGCUCGGGAACCGGCUCUGCUGCCUCCGGAUCUGGGUCAUCGGGCACCAGGUCCUCGGGUUCUGGCUCCGGCUCCAAUGGAUGCUGCUCCUCUGGUACCAGUGGCACCAGUAGCAGCCAAGGCAGCCACACCAGCAAAUAUUUUGGGAGCAUUGACUCAUUGGAGAACGACCACGCCCGCAAGCAACCGGCGGGGGGCAGCGGCACCGGUGGCGACAGUGGCGAGGAGCAGUUCAUCAAAUGUGUCUUGCAGGACCCCAUUUGGCUUCUGAUGGCCAACACGGACGACAAGGUCAUGAUGACCUACCAGCUGCCUAUCAGGGAUGUGGAGGCGGUGCUGCGUGAGGAUCGCGAGGCGCUGAGGAGCAUGCAGAAGCAUCAGCCACGCUUCACGGAGGAACAGAAGAGGGAGCUGAACCAGGUGCACCCUUGGGUGCGCACAGGACGCCUGCCCAGAGCCAUCAACAUCUCCGGCUGCGCGGACUGCAAGUCUCCCGCGUCGGGCCGCCGCGCCGCCGCCCCCUUCGACGUGGAGAUCAACGAGAUGGAGCUUUGUGGCAUGCUGAAGUCGCCAAAGGAGGGCGCCACCAUGGUCAAGAAAAACUCAUCAGAGGCGGCCAUGGAUGAACAACCCCCUGACGAGGACGACGAGGAAGACGAGGGGGAGGAGGAAGAAGGCAAAACACAAGAAAGCGGCCAAGCGGCGACCGCAGAUGAACUCAGAGCCACGUCGGGGGCGGCGGAGGACGCCGCUCGACCGCCACAGUCCGACAUGAAUCACUAAGCGGCCAAAGACGAAACAUUCAACACUACCGUUUAUAACUUUUUAAUGUGUACCUUCCUGAAGUACACCUACGGUGACAUCAUGACACAAGAUGAGCGACGCCAAUACUGUAUUGAGCACUCGGAUUUACGACUCCUUGUCUAAACUAAUUCCCGACUGUCGCUUACGUCGUAUGACAUCACGCGAGAGGCGCCACGGACUCCACACGACGCGCCUUCCGCCUCCUCUCUUGUAGGUCAUAUUUAUUUCAGUAGGAAGAAAAAAAAAAACAAAAACAGGCACCUUUGAUGUACAGAUGGAUGUGCUUCACCAAUGUCCCGUUUGAUGUUCACAUCCGUGACGUCUCGCAAUGAAUGUCGCCGGGCUUCUCCGUUGCUCCUUAUCACAUAAGCUCGUGUACAUAUAAAUCCGACGCGAAAGGAACAGUACCGCGAAAGACGGGGCUGACUUUAUUUUGUAAAAAUGUGUAUAUUUUUAUAUCUUCACCCAUCGAGGGUUGAGAGUUGAUGACUGGCCCGAGCUGUGCGACGUUUCAAAAGUUUAUUCAUCCUCACUUGAGGUGCAGGAAAAGAAAAAGCGCGCCAGUGUGGUGAAGUGCUUCUUUGCAAGAGGAUGAAACAAAAAAAAAAUCAUAAAAUAAAAAUCCCUUUGACGUUUUCCUUUUUAGCUCUAUCGUGGUCAUGUGAUAUUCGGUUUCUUCAUGGCAUCGCUGCUGUGUACAGCAGUUGUUCAAUAUUUUUGUGAAAUUUGUACAAAAAAACAAAACAAAAAGAGACAAUAAAAGGACUUGAUAUGUGA